AUGUCGAUAAUUUAUUUUAUAUACAAUUUUAAAAGAGGAACUCGACAAUUACGCAAUAAAAAUGGAGAUUUGCUAAAUUGUUCGCCGUUAAAACCAGGAAGUUGUCCAGGUGGUGCGCUAUGCUAUCAAGAUUCAAUAAAUACUGAACAGUUUCGCUGUUGUGGUAAAGACCCUAGUGAUGGAUGUGGUACGGGACAAAAGGCUCUUAAACAUUUAAAUGGUAGCACAUUGCUUUGUCUACCUGGUACAGCUGAAUGUCCCGGGAAUGGAAUUUGUGAGUGGAGUUUCGACAUUGAUCGUUUCCAAUGUUGUGAAGCAGAUAAUGGCUGUUUACACGAAGAAAUACCCGUGUUUGAUGCGAAAGGAAAUGUUAUCUCCUGUUCGCCAAUAACCCCUUUAUUGUGUCCCGAUGAGGCUAUUUGUCGAUUUAAUUUUUGGACUGCUUCUUACCAAUGCUGUAGACAGAAUAAUCAAUUAGGACACCAUCAAUCUGUUCAAAAACAUAUAAAAGAAGCAACAGGUGAAAGUAAAAAUCUGCAACAAGAAUGCCCUCUAGGCGAGAUUAUCUACAAAUUAAGCGAUAGAGAAGAUUAUUGCUCAUCAGAUGUCGACUGCCCACCUAUGGGACGUUGUAACUUACAUACUCAUUUAUGCUGUGGUCCACCAGGAGAGUGCCCAGUGGCGGGUGAACAUCCUGUUUUUGAUGAACAAGGUGAGAAAUUGAACGAACCUGGUCUAAACAUGGCAAAUGUAAAUAAUAAUAAUAAUUCUUUGUUGGUGAAUUAUUCAUUUCAUCCUCAAAAUAGUUGAAUAAGUGUGAAAAAUUAUAUUCGAGAAAAUACGGUAUACAUACAA